ACUGCUAUUAGAGUAAAAUAAACUGUGGAUUUUUAUUCUGAGCUGAUUAAUUUUCCUCUUCAGUUCUCAUCAUUUAAUUUAUUUGUCAAUGUAGUUUGUGUUGGUUAACGUCACGAAUAGUUCCAUAGUUUAACAUCUUUGAAAAAUCUUAUUGUUUUUAUUUACAUUCAAGAGAAGAGUGUAAAAGAAAAAUAUGUCUUUUGGUUUAACUUCCUCUUCGACAGCCAACAACUAUGAAGAGAUCGGAGUCAUUGGUUCUGGUGCUUAUGGUACUGUUUAUAAGGCUCGUGAUUUAGUUAACGAAGGACAAUCUGUGGCUAUCAAAAAGGUUAAUGUGGCCCUUUAUGAUGAUGGUGUACCAGCAACUCUUAUCAGAGAAAUUGCUCUCCUCAGGCAACUAGAAAUGUAUGAGCACCCAAAUGUUGUAAGGUUGCUUGAUAUUUGUUACGCAAAACGAUUAGAAAAAGAAAAACAAUUAAUUUUAUACCUCGUCUUUGAAUAUAUUGAACAAGAUUUAUUCGAAUACUUAGACAAAUGUCCAGCUCCUGGCUUGGGACCUGAUAGAAUAAAGGACAUUAUGUACCAGAUACUGAAUGGUGUUGAUUUUUUACAUUCCAAUAGAAUAGUUCACAGAGACUUGAAGCCUCAAAACAUUCUUAUUACAAAUAGUGGGAGAGUAAAACUGGCUGAUUUUGGCUUAGCUCGAAUCUACGAGGAUUCACGUGUUUUGACAUCAGUUGUUGUCACACUUUGGUAUCGAUCACCAGAAGUUUUACUGGGAGCCAGCUAUGCUAGUUGGGUCGAUAUUUGGAGUUGUGGCUGUAUUUUUGCAGAGUUACACCGUCGUAAGCCAUUUCUUCGUGGUGCAUCUGAGGCCGAUCAACUAAGUAAAAUCUUUUCAGUAAUUGGUAGUCCAUCAGAAUCAGAAUGGCCAGAAGAAUCAUAUUUUUCAUGUAAUGCAUAUGCUGGAUUCAAACCUGCCAAUUUGAAUGUGUUAAUACCCGAAAUGGCAUCUGAUGCUUGCGAACUUCUCAAGGCUAUGUUAAGGUUUAACCCUCGAUUGAGAAUAACAGCCAAGGAGGCCCUUAAUCAUGUGUAUUUCGACGAAUAUGUGCUUCAUCCACCCAUUUAUGAAUACGAAUGUAGUAAUGAGUUAAAUCAAAGUACAUCAAGGAAUGGAACCAAAAAGCAAGCAAAGUAGGAAGCAGACAUCAUUGGAAUAUCAUAAUGAAUUCAUUAUUUAAUCUUGAAGAACGCACACCCUGCUUAAGUUUUUUUCAUUUUAUUCCUCCAAUCUCAUUUGUCACGUCUUCCAUUUCACUAUCUCUACCUCUUCCUUGCUUACUUGCUUCCUUUCUUUGAUCAAUUUGAGCCAAAACAUGCACAAAACUCACAAGACUCAUCAACAGACUUAUUGAUUGUCCGGGAUGAUGCACUGUAAACUAUUAUUUAUACACACUACAAAGUGAAUCAUUUACUCAUUGAUAAAAUGAUAUAAUUUGCCAUUUUCUGAAAAAUGACCAAUCUAUACUUUAAGCCAAACGUCAAUCUGUUAUAAAAAUGUCUUUUUCUUGUUAAAUCAAAUAAUACUUUUUCUCACUGAUUUCAAUUUCUAAUGAAUGAAAUAAUAAAUUAAUUUUGUCUGUAA